UUUCGUGUUUUUUUUCAACAGUAGUUUAUAUAUUUGGUGGUUUCCUAAUUAUUUAAAUGGAAGGUUUUUCAAAAAGAAAUGUUAGACGGUUAUGUGCAAAAAAGAAAAGAGAACUGUUAGCAUUACGCAAUGUAUCAGAAAACAUUGAUCCCAGUGUUAGUAAUAGUAGUAGCUUAACGCAAGAUGCAAUUCAGGAGAAUUUAGAAUAUUGCGAUGAUACAGGGAAUACUAAUAAUACAAUAUCUGACAUCAAUGUAGGAUUUGAACCCAAACAUACAAAAAUGGCUGAAUAUAAUAUUGAAAGUGAAUUUAAUAUAAAUAAAUUAACAUUGGAAGAACGAUUAACCAGAAUUAAAGAAUCUGUGGGAAAAAUUUCUCAAAAUCAGGACGCGAUACUCAAGGAGUUGAAAUUAGUAAAAGAAAGUAACAUUGACGUUAUAGUAAAAUUCCACACACUCAUGAACAUGAUGGAAAAGAGAAGCGAUACAGCAGUUUCUGAUAACUGCUUUCCCAUCAAGACGUUUGAAGAAUUGGGGAAUAUGGACGCACUUUGUGCAACUAAAAGUGCUCAAUAUGCUAAAUUAAUAAAAUCCAUUAUUCAACCGGAGGGAAUAAAAAAAAACUUACAUCGAAUCAUCGAUCGAACGUUAGUUCUGGAGUUAAAUUAUGAUGGAAUGGCACCAAAAAAGCAUUUAAGGAAUUUAAAUUCUUAAAUGCUUCAAUAUUCGAAGCCUUGCAAAAAGAUGGCUAUACAGAAAAGGAGUAUAUUUCGGAUAUACGAAUAGCCAUAAAGAAUGUUAAAGGAAAGCACAGAAUGGAAGA